AUGGCGUCAGACCUGAUUGAUUUCUGGGACGACACGCAGCAUAGCACCUUUCAUUUUCGGGCUGGGCGACAUCCAAGGAAGAAUGACGUCUUUAUUGCCGUGAUGGGUGUCACUGGCUCGGGCAAGAGCUCGUUCAUCGAGCACUGCUCAGGCAAGCCCGUCCAGAUCGGCCACAAUCUCCGUGCAGGCACUACCACCGUCGACGUCUACGCCUACGACAUGUCCCCCGUGCGCACCGUCUACCUCAUCGAUACCCCGGGCUUCGACGACACCACCCGAAGCGACGCCGAGGUCCUGGGGGAGAUCGCCGUCUGGCUCGGCGCCUCGUACCGGCAGCACACCCUGCUCCACGGCAUCAUCUACCUGCACCGCAUCACGGACCGGCGUAUGCAGGGGGCCGCCCGCAAGAACAUCCGCAUGUUCCGCCAGCUGUGCGGCAACGAUGACGCGCUGAGCAAGGUGCACCUCGUGACCACUAUGUGGGAUCAGGUCGACGAGAGCGUGGGCUUGCGGCGCGAGAAGGAGCUGGUUGCUACGACGGAGUUCUGGGGCGCCAUGGUGAGUAAAGGGAGCUUGUAUUACCGGCACUACCACACAUCCGAGUCGGCCAAGAGGGUGGUGAACCGGCUGGCGGCCCACAACCAGCCGAUCACCACUGACAUGCAGCGACAGCUUGUCGACGAAGGGAGGAGGCUGAGUGACACGGCGGCGGGGCAGGAGCUGGAGAAUGAGCUCAUCCGCCAGCGAGAGAAGCUAACGGGCGAGCACGCCGGCAUGGAGGAGGAGAUGCGCGCGGCCGCCAGCGAGAACGACGCGGAGCUCAUGGAGAUGCUCAAGGAGGAGCUGGCCAACUCAGCGGGCGCAAUACAGAAGGUUGAGAAAGAAAUCAGCGACCUGCGCGUGACGAUGGAAACGAUGAUUGAGCAGCGGGACGCCGCGUACAGAGACCAGCUGGAGCAGAUUCGGCAGCAGACCGAGAUGCUCAAGGUAGUCAAGGAGCAGGAGGAGGAGGAGCAGCCGAUCGCGGCUGGGCGGUCGGAGAGCAAAUCCGAGACGCGCUCCAUGAGGACGGCGCACUCUGUCGAAUCGGUCGAGACGACAUUGCACGCCGAUGGGUCGCCGUCUAACUCGAGGAAAAUGGAGGAGGACAGGGGCCAGCGAUCGUCGGCUUCUCAGGUCAAGCGGCUGCCAGAAGAUAGUCCGGUGACUUCAGUGUCGAUGUGGGGCGUUGUCAUCUGCAUCAUAGGCGACACGGCUAUCAACUCGUCGGACUUUCCGAAGCUGAAGCUGGACUCUUCGUACCUGCGAAACAUCAGCCUAGGCGACGCCGCCGACGGGUCCAGGUCCUGGAUCGCCAGGUACGAGAAGACAUGGAUGACCUCGGACAACCUCAGCCAGCUCUACCCCGACCUCGGCGAGGGCAUCAAGCUCUAUGGCCUCCGCAAGCUUGAGUUCUGCUUUCUCGGCCCCGAUAGCUUCUUUGUCGCCCGUUGGAACGACGGCCACUCACGCUGCUCGCUCCCGCCGAAUUUCCCCAAGAUCAUUGAGGGCCGGAACCACAUCGUCGACGUAGCGUUUGGCUGCGGGCAGAGCUUUUUCGUUGUCUAUGUGGCACCCGGACAGAAGAGCGUGUUCCGAUACGACCUGAAGGACUACUAUCAGGACUUGAAGCUGUUUCUCGAGAAAAAGGAGAAUAAGAAGAUUGACAUUCUGAUAAGAUAA